AUGUCUUGGUUUUUUACAGUUCUCUUUCUUGUUACUGCUCUUACAUUUCAUACUCCUUCAGAGGCUAGCCAUGAGAAGAACGAUCCUUCUGCAGUUGUUGUAGGCACUGUCUACUGUGACACAUGUUUCCAAGAGGAUUUCUCACAUACCAGCCAUUUCAUUUCAGGACCAUACUGUUUAAAUGAAAUAAUUGCUCGGUUCCAUUUUACCCCUACAUUUUCUGCUUUUGUUUCGUUGCAAGAGUUUAACUUGUUAUUUGGAAUAUAUUGUUCACAGAAAGCACUUGUUCAGCAAUUUUUGGCUACUGAAGAUGCACUGAACAAAGCUGCAGAAGCGAGGGAUCUAUGUCAAAAACUUAUAAAACGCUUGCAUGGCAAUAGUGAUGUAAUUUCUUCAGGAACAUCACAAAAUGUGGGCAGUCUUAGGCAACUUGAGAUGGAGGUUUGGGCUAAGGAAAGAGAAGUUGCUGGCUUGAGGGCUAGCUUGAAUACACUGAUGUCUGAAAUACAACGCUUAAAUAAAUUAUGUGCGGAAAGGAAAGAAGCUGAAGAUUCUUUGAAAAAGAAGUGGAAGAAGAUUGAAGAAUUUGAUUACCGCAGAUCAGAACUUGAAAUCAUAUAUACCACAUUACUAAAAGUUAACAUGGAUGCUGCUGCCUUCUGGAAUCAGCAGCCAUUAGCCGCACGGGAGUAUGCAUCAAGCACAAUUAUUCCUGCAUGCACAGUAGUCAUGGAUCUUUCAAAUAGUGAAAAACAUCUUAUUGAAAGAGAAGUUUCUGCUUUUGACCAAAGUCCUGAUAAUAGCCUCUACAUGAUUCCAGCAAUUCCACAGGUUUGUGUUGGGGCUUAAAAAGACUUCACUACUUUGGAGAUG